AUGACGGUCAUCGAGCGCGUGUUGGAGAACUUCUUCGAGAAGGUGGGCCGAGUUGUUGGCACCCACCCGGUGAAGAGCCUUGUGUGCAGCGUGGUCUUUGUGGUUGCGUGCUGCACGGGCUUCAUGUUCCUCACGAACGAAACGCGCCCAGAGAAGCAGUGGGUCCCUGCUGGGGCUGUGGCCCUCGACCACAACGACUACGUCUCCCAAACCUAUCCUGGCAACUCCCGCUUCAACCUUUUCUCGGUGACCUGCAACGAUGUUGACCUCGACAACUGCAACAUCCUGGACCCCAAGUACCUGCAGCGAUUCCAUGAGAUCAAUGAGAAGAUCCUGAACAUCACCAUCGACGGUGACGAGAUCGUGGCGGAUCUGGAUACCAGGCACAAGCGCGGCGAGGGCGACUACCGUCCCUGGACCCAGUAUGCUGGCGACUGGAGCUUCAGCGGCAGGGCGGCGCGCGUGAAUGGAAGCACCGUCUUCACCGGGCGCAAGUGCUUCGCGUUCGGCCCCUUCUGUGGGAAGCAGAACAUCCUGGAUGUGUUCCGGAGCGAUGACCACAUCAUCUCGACCCUGACGACCGAGAACGUGAAGCUGGCCGUGAACGAAUGGGAGGAUCAGGAGAACUUCUGCCCGCUCACCAUCGCGAAGCAAGGCUCCCCUUGCUUCGACGUGAACUGCCAGAGGUACGACACCACGAUGGAGCGCCAGACCUGCCGCAAUCUGGCGCGCAGCUACUGCGAUACGGAGUGCCCCACAAGGACCAUCCUCAUGCCAGAUGGUGAGGAGGCGACGGUGCCAAUUUCUUGGGACAACUGCAGGGAUCGCGGCUGCAUCCAACUUGGCGGAUUCGAGGCCGCGGCCACCAACACCUCGAACACCCAGCUGAACACGGAUCCAAACGCCACAGGCGAGGCUCCCGAAAGUGCUUUUGAGUUCCAGCCGACCAAGAUCAAGACAAUGGUUGGCGGUCUACAGCUUGACAGCAACCAGAAGUUCACUGGUGGCAAGUACCUGUCAGGAUUCUUCGCGCUGAACAAGGCCGAGCUCUACUGUCCCACGGCCGGCGUGGGCGACCCGAUCGCCGACGAGUGGGAGAGGCGUGCCCUGUGCUUCAUGGGCGUGAAUGCCGACACACGGGCGACGCCCAAGUUGGACUGCCCAGAGGAUGACUUGCUGAAGUUCAGCGGCUUGUUCCAGCGCUCGCUUGGUGACGAGUUCGGCAACGCAAUCCGUGGUGACAUCUCCAAGCUCACGGCUUCGUACGGCGUCAUCAUCUUCUACUGCGCCAUCAUGAUCGGGAAGUGCGACGCCAUCCACUCCGGCAUGUUCCUGUCCUUUGUGGCCGUGAUCAUUGUGGGGCUGACGAUUGGCAGCACACUUGGCCUCAUGGGCUUCUUCGGGGUGCCCAACGGCAACCUCAACAACAACCUCUACUUCCUGCUCCUGGGCCUGGGUGUGGACGACGCCUUCGUGCUGAGCUCCGAGUUCCAGAGGCACGCCCGGGAGGACAAGUCAAGGAGCAUCCCAGAGCGCAUCGCCGCGACGGCCCGGACGGGAGGCAUCUCCGUUCUGAUCACCUCGGCCACGGACGCCCUGGCCUUCUUGGUUGGUGCGACGACCGUGCUGCCGGCGCUGGGCUGGUUCUGCACCUAUGCCGGCGUGUCAAUCGUCCUGUGCUACACCUUCCAGCUCACCGUCUUCCUGCCAUGCUUGGCCCUGAACGCACGCCGUGUCGAAGCCAACCGCAUCGACUGCUGCUGCUGCUGCCGCGCGCCAGAACGCACCGUCGAGGACCCGCAGGGAUGCUGCUGUGGCUGCUGCCUUCCCAAAGCCGUCUUCAAGGGCGGCCAACUCUCCCGGGGCCUGAAGGGCUUCAUGACCCACGUGACCACCCCCGUGGGACAAGGGGUGACCUUCCUCCUCUUCGCCAUCCUCACGGGUAUGGGCAUCUGGGGCUCCACGAUGGCCUACAAGGACUUCAAGCUUGAGUGGUUCAUCCCGGACUCCUCCUACGUGAACGAGUUCUUCAACAUCAACUCUGAGUACUUCGCCACAGGCACGCCCAUCACGGUGAACAUGCGCGCCACGCCCGCCACCUUUGAGGCCCAGUCGAACCUCCGCGCCCUGCACGACUACCUGACCACGACCCCCCUGGUGAAUCCGGAUGUGGCAGUGGACAGCUGGUAUGAGGAGUUCAUGACGUGGGCGGUGGAACCUGGCCAGGCCGAAACUGCCGGUGCUGUCUUCACGCCGUCUCGAACCGACGCCAACGCGGUCUUCCAGGACUCUGCCGACUUCUACUCGGCGCUCUACACACGGGAUCCCGCUACCGCCGUACCCAGCGGCUGCGUGAUCACUGAUGGGCUGAAGGCAAGCCGCUUCAACGCCGAGCUGUCGCUGGCGGCCACGGACAAGGGCACCAACCGCUACGACACCAUGACCUCCAUGCGCGCGAGGUGCGACGAGCUUUACCCGGGCUCCUUCCCUUACAGCUUCGACUUCCUCUACUGGGAGGAAGUGGGCGUCAUCGACGUGGAGCUGACCCGAAACCUUCUCAUCUGUGGCGGCGUGAUCUUGGUGGUCAUCUUUGCCUUGGUGCCUGCGCCACGUAUUGCCAUCUGGGUGGUUCUCUGCGUGGGAUUGUCCAUCGUUGACACCCUUGGCUUCAUGUACUUCUGGGAUGUCACCAUCAGCGGUGUCUCUACAAUCUACCUCCUGAUUUGCGUGGGCCUCGCCGUGGAUUACGCGGCACACAUCGCCCACAUGUUCAAGGAGUCUUGCGGCAGCCCCCGGGAGCGCGCAAUCGCGGCCAUCGAGCGCAUCGGACCCUGCACGUUCAACGCCGUCCUGUCCACGCUGCUUGCCGUGGUGGUGGUGGGCUUCUCUGACAGCUACGUCUUCCGGAUCUUCUUCAAGGUGCUGUUCUUGGUGGUGACGAUUGCGGGAGCUCACGGAUUGUGGCUCUUGCCAGCCAUCCUUUCUGUUCUGGGUGGUUCCAAGGAGGCCAAGGUUGAGCCGGCUUGA